AUGGACAACCAUCGACGGAAAGCGUAUCCGAGGAAAGGUAACAAUGCACAAAUUGUACAGGAAAUCAGAGAAAGUAUCAAGAAUCGAGCGCGAGAAAAAAAGGAGAGUGAGAACAGUGAUAGAGCUGAUGCUCGACUAGAACGAUUUCGAGAUCUUGAUGAUCUCAAAAAAUUGAUGUCAGGAGCAGAACAUCACAAAGACGACGAAGAAUUGUCAUAUGGUCUGAACGCUAAAUUUCUGAAUGACAUGUACAAAAUGGUCCGAGAAACAAAAAUAGAGGCACUGACAGACAAUGAGUUUUUUGAGGAUCUUUGUAAAUUAAUUCUAAAAUUCCUCCGUGACGAUCAUCCAUGUAUCCGUGCAAUGUGUUUCCAUAUUGUCAGAAAAUGCACAAUGAAUGAGAGGAAUCUGGUGGUGAUUCUGACAACCCAUGUGGAUAUUUACAUAGUUCGAGCAGUGGAUCUGUCAUCCGAAAAUCAGGUGGAAAGAAUUGAGGCAUUCAAAUUGAUCAUUUGGAUGCUAAAAAUUUAUGAGAAGUCCAAUUUGAAAAAGUUGAUUGACAGUUCUGCAGCUCAGAAAAACGGAAAAAAGUAUGCAUUCCCAAAGUCUAUAAUGCAACCUAUUAUUUCAAUUGCUCUUUCGGCUUUUGAGGGGAAAAGAACUGACAAAUUGUCCCUUCCUUGUGUCGGUUUAUUUCUAGAAUUUAGUUUAACCGAACCCUCUCUAGUUCUGGAAAUGGCUGGAACGGAUUGGCUGGUCAAAGUUCUAACCGGUGUUUCUUGUAUGAGCAAAAGAAUUGUUCUACUUGCUUCUCAUGUUCUAAUUUCUUGGUUGGACUCUCCAACAAUCAGAAUCAAAGCUCAUUUGGAUUUGGUUAUGGAGCAGAUCUUUGCACCUUUAGUGGAAUUUGGAAUGUUCCAGAAACGAGGAAGUAUGAUGACUAAUGAUGCAGGAAAUGAGAGUUUUCACAUGAACGACUUUCUGGAGAAUUUCAAAUGCUCCUUCCUCUGCAUUAUCCGUUCAUGGCCAGGCCUGUUUGCAUGUGCUGCCGUUGGUCCUAACUCCAAUAUCCUGCCGAGUUCUCCAUUCCGACUUUUGGAUUACUUAGGUCUUGGAACUGUUGCAAAUGACAACUUGGUCAGGAUCAGAGAUGCUAUAGUUGAUUUGUGUUGUGAAUUUGUGGAUGUACCGUAUGCCAGCAAGACGUUUGAGUCAUGGGAAGAAGCUUUGGCGUUUUAUAAAUCAAUGCAUCUCCCGGACAAAUACAAAAGCGGUCUGAAACAUGAUUUUGUGAUUGCUCAAAAUGAUGCUCGUCUAAAGAACGACGUCGAACGCCACAAGCCAACCAUCGACCUUCUUGCCGCCUUCCGUGUCCUCUCCCAAUUUGUCCUUAUCAACGCCCAACUACCACUUUCCCUUGCCCGUCUUAUCCUUGCCAUGCCUGACUCUUCCAGUGGUCUCAAAGCCACUCUUCUGAUGGCUGACAUGCUUCGCCAAGCCCCUUCUCAUGUGCCAGCUGGAUAUCGUGCACCAGUGCUUUCAAUGCCAACUUUGGUCCAAUCGGCUUGUGAAAGCUUGAGCCAAAGUCGGGCGGUUUCUGCGAUAAACGGUACAUUUGAUAUCAAUGCAAUCGAGCAGUACACUUUUCCUCAUGCCACAAACGCUGAACUUGUCUUGAACCGUUUUGAUAAGUUGAAUCAAUCCUGGAUUCGUUCUGCUUCUAUUUCUUCUACAGUACUCAAAGAAUCCGAUUUGAUGCUUUUCGCUCCACACAUGUCUGAUCCAGUCCUCGUCCAGGCUCCAAUUAAAAAGUCGAAAAGCGACAGCUCAUUUCGUGUUGGCUCAAGUUUCAAAAAGAAUAUAUCUCCGGAUCUCUAUGAAUAUGAGUGUCCAGGAGAGUUUAGUGAAACUGUGCUACGUGGAAGAUACGAUAAGAAUGCGUUGAUGAUGAUGGAUGAUUCAGAUGAUUAUGAUUAUUCAAGUCCAAGACUCCGAGACAAUUUUGAUGAUGAAGAGGAGAAUGCGAAAAAGUUCUUUGUAGAUUCGAAUGGAGCGUUUGAUUGGAACUAUGUGGAAUAUUAUGUGGAGAAUAUCGAAAAGGAUGGAUACGAGAAAUUGGUCAAAGAGUUCUCGUCCAACACUAUCGAAGAUCAUAUUGGAAAUAUGUUCCAAUUCCUUCAUCCCUCUGAACAAGAAAAGAACAAACGACAUUUGGAUCGCCAACAAGUCAUCGUUGCCAAAAGUAUCAUCAAACUUCUUCUACGAGUUUUCCCAAACAACGAAAGCAUCAGUCAAGACUACAUUCCCAUACUACAGAAAUAUGUUUCCAACUUUAGAUCAGUUCUGGAAGAGAGAUCGACUCCCAACGCAUACUUUGCUCCCCGCAAUCUCGCUUACACUCAGUCUAUGCUCCAUUUUGCCAUUAUUGGUACUUUCACUAUGACAACGCAAGGAUUGAAUAUUCUAAACACCGUUGGAAUUUUGCACAUGUGA